ACCCAAGACUCCACCUACCAAACCCUCAACACAACAACCCAAGACUCCACCUACCAAGCCCUCAACACAACAGACCCAAAUUAGAAUUAUUACACCAUUAACCUGACACAGAGACAGGAUACUGUUAGUUUAGUGUUAGUCUUUGUAACAUUUGUACUUUUGGAAACCCAUUGUGUACCAUACUUUCUCAAUCAUUGUAAACAUAUGUGGAUCAAUAUAAUACAAUAUAUUGAUGUAUACUUUAACUAUAUUGUCAUCAUCUCAACAAUGUGUUCCUCCUCUGCUGAAACAAACAUGGUAACUUCAGAACAGAGAAGUUGACAGUUUUAACACUUAGUCACCACAGAUAGCUGAGUUCUCUUGUGGUUUAGGAGUCUAACCUCCGGCCGGUUUGAAUCAGUUUCCCUCUGCAGCAUAUGUCGACAUGCAGGCACUGAGGUCACGACAGAGAAAUCAACAGGAUGUGUCGUGGGAGAAGGAAGAGAGAGAGAGUCGUGGAAUAAAUAUAUUUUCAGUAGCACUCUGCUGUCAAACUAGCAGCUGACAGAGAAGCUGUUGUGGACCUUACUAUAUUUUAACAUUAUUGUAACUUUGAUAGUAACGUUAACAGUAUAGUAACUGUGGUAGUAAAGUAACUUUAACAGUAUAGUAACUGUUGUAGUAAAGUAACUUUAACAGUAUAGUAACUGUGGUAUUAAAGUAACUUUAACAGUAUAGUAACUGUGGUAGUAAAGUAACUUUAACAGUAUAGUAACUGAGGAGUAACUGUCCAGAAUGAAGAUACUCCAUGUUGUCUCCUGCUUUCUCCUCUCAGCUGUGGUCUGUGUGUUGUCAGGGGUGAUUACAAUGAGAUGGAUACAUACUAUAACUCUGUCUGUGUUUCUGUUGUAGCUGUGGGCUGUGUGUUGUCAGGGGUGAUUACAAUGAGAUGGAUACAUACUAUAACUCUGCCUGUGUUUCUGUUGUAGCUGUGGUCUGUGUGUUGUCAGGGGUGAUUACAAUGAGAUGGAUACAUACUAUAACUCUGUGUCUUGUGUUUAUGUUGUAGCUGUGGUCUGUGUGUUGUCAGGGGUGAUUACAAUGAGAUGGAUACAUACUAUAACUCUGCCUGUGUUUCUGUUGUAGCUGUGGUCUGUGUGUUGUCAGGGGUGAUUACAAUGAGAUGGAUACAUACUAUAACUCUGCCUGUGUUUCUGUUGUAGCUGUGGUCUGUGUGUUGUCAGGGGUGAUUACAAUGAGAUGGAUACAUACUAUAACUCUGUGUCUGUGUUUCUGUUGUAGCUGUGGUCUGUGUGUUGUCAGGGGUGAUUACAAUGAGAUGGAUACAUACUAUAACUCUGCCUGUGUUUCUGUUGUAGCUGUGGUCUGUGUGUUGUCAGGGGUGAUUACAAUGAGAUGGAUACAUACUAUAACUCUGUGUCUGUGUUUCUGUUGUAGCUGUGGUCUGUGUGUUGUCAGGGGUGAUUACAAUGAGAUGGAUACAUACUAUAACUCUGUGUCUGUGUUUCUGUUGUAGCUGUGGUCUGUGUGUUGUCAGGGAUGAUUACAAUGAGAUGGAAAGAAGGAGGAAACGGUCACAUCAACUGCCCUUAUGAUCGGGGGUAUAAGAACAAUCCAAAGUACCUCUCUAAAGGGACAUACAGAAACAGAGUUGUUGUCAUCCAAACCCAUCAGCACCCAGCGUGGACUCAUAAAGGGAGAUUCUCUCUGUAUGACGACACAGAGAGAAGAGUCUUCACUGUGACCAUCACUAACCUGGUCCCAGAGGAUUCAGGGACCUACUGGUGUGGAGUGGAUACAUGGGGACCUGAUCAGCCAACUGAAGUCAGGCUCACUGUGGACAGAGCUCCUGUUCCUCCCAACCCUGGCUCCAUCACCUCCAGACCUCUCCUCUCCACGUCACACAUCACCAUGACAACUGACUCCUCAAACUCCGCUACUGAUGGGACCAAUGGAACAGUAGGAACAACAGCAUCACCACCCACAGACAUGGCUAGAACACAAGGUGAUGUGAUGUUCUCUGGUGUUGUUCUGGGUGUUGUUCUACUACUGCUGGGUCUGCUGCUGUUCAUGUUCUUCAGACAGAGGAGAGACAGAGACAGGAGACCAACAGCAUCCAAACACUCUGCCAGCCUGUUGGUGCCUGACUCCAUGACAACCAACCUAGAUCCAGACACAGGAACCAUCACUAACCCCAUCUACGCCACUACAACCAAUCAGAACCCAGAUACAGCCUGUGACAUCACAACCAUCUAUGCCACGGCAACCAAUCCUUGUCCAGAUUGCCUCUACUCCAAUGUUGGUCCGACAGUGAGCUACACUACUGUCAACUUCCCCAGAGAUCCAGCCUGACUCCACUGUGCUACUGUCAACUUCCCCAGUGAUCCAGACUGACUCCACUGUGCUACUGUCAACUUCUCCAGAGAUCCAUCCUGACUCCACUGUGCUACUGUCAACUUCCCCAGAGAUCCAUCCUGACUCCACUGUGCUACUGUCAACUUCCCCAGAGAUCCAGACUGACUCCACUGUGCUACUGUCAACUUCCCCAGAGAUCCAGACUGACUCCACUGUGCUACUGUCAACUUCCCCAGAGAUCCAGCCUGACUGUCUCCUUCAGUAAAGACUCUGAUGCUAGUAUCCACCCAGACACCUCAUAAUGUACUGCACCAUUAAACACAGAAUUAAUUAAUGUUGUCAUUUGUUCAUGUUUUCAUGUUGUCAUUUAGUCAUUCAUUUGUGCUUUUAAAUAAUUCAUUUAUUUGAUCGUUCAUUUGUUAAUUAGUUCAUAUAUUCAUUUAAUAAUGAAUUCAUUUGUUUGUUCAUUAUUCAUAUUUUUAUUUUCAUAUCGUGUAUUAAUUUAUUUGUUGUUCGUUCAUUCAUCAUUCGCUAGUUAAAUCAUUUGUUCAUUCAUUAUUUAGUUUGUCGGUUCGUCCGUUCAUUCAUUAUUUGUUUGUUAAUUCAUUCAUAUUUUUAUUCAUUUUUUAAAAUAAAUAUUCUAUCAAUUUGUUCAUAUACUCAUUCAUGUAUUUUUGUUUGUUCCUUCAUUCAUCAUUCGUUAGUUCAAUCAUCUGUUUGUUUAGUUGUUAUUUUGUUUGUCAGUCAUUACAUUCACCACGUCCAUUCAUUCAUUCAUUGUUUCUACUGUGAAUGUAACACUGACUUGAACAAACAGAGACAGUUUGUAGCUUUUAGGAACCUUUGAUUAUUCAGUGUUUUUUACUCCACUUGAUGGGAAAUGAGACUAUGUGUAUUUAUCAAUAAAGCACCAAUAUAUUUA